CGCUUCACUCCCUCCUAUAGAGCGAUAUAAGCGAUCUGCGCUUGCGCACGUUCAGUAUUACAGUGACCACCUGUCAGAAUGGAGUCUCGAGUGAUUUUUGUUUGUCUGUUUGUUACUGUCGUCGUUUGCGGAGUACAAGGACAAGUAGCAUCGCUCUGUAAGCCAUUCGAGAGGCUCCUUGUGUGCGGCUGCCCGCGUACCUGCCGGGAUCCGGCGCCGGACUGCAAGGCCGUCUGCCGGCCUGGCUGCUUCUGUGAAGAGGGACAGGUCCGAGACGAUAAUGGCAACUGCAUUAAGUUGGCUGACUGUCCUCCUAUAUUAUCAGCCUACAAGCAAGAUACGACGGAACCCCGUCCAAACGGGGGCCAGUGUCCUGACAACGAGGAAUACAGGUUUUGCGAACCCUGUCACAAGACCUGUGAGAACCCCAACCCUAUCUGUCCUGCCCAGUGUGCAAGAGGGUGCUUCUGUAAAGAUGGGCUCCUUAGAGACAAAGAUGGCACUUGUGUACCAAAGGAAAAAUGCUCAAAUAAAAUUACAGAUCCAAAGCCAAUACAAUACCAGAUGACCUGUAGCGAGCAUCAAGUGUACAAGCGCUGUGAGACCUGCGCCAAGACCUGCAGCAACCCCAACCCCAAAUGCCCGACCCCAUGCGCCAUGGGCUGCUUCUGUGAAGAAGGCUACGUUCAGUCCCCUAAUGGCCAAUGCGUCAAGUUAGAAAACUGCCCAAAAGGUAACUGGGAUAAACUAAAUGGAAUAUUUUCCACUUUCUGGCUGUAACUCUGUUGUAAAAUAAUAAUUAUGCUGUUCAGAAAUAGACUUUUUUGUAAAAUUCUCUGUAGAUACCUCAUUCUUCUAUAAGGUCAC